GAAAUUUAUAAUUUUAGUGAUGGAACGACUUGUGCAGAAGCAAGAAAAAAUAAUAAAGAAGCAUGUGGGUUAAUUCUUUUUGUUGGAUGGAAAGGACAGGCUAAAGCACGGUAUUUAAAGUCAUAUUUAAAUUUACCAUCACAUUUCUCUAAAUAUUCAUUAAAAGGACAGUUCUUAGACUCAGCCGCAGACUUUGAACAGAAUUGGUUAAGUUUCUAA